AUGACUGCUAGCCAGGCCGACUUGACCGUCAAGCGUGGUUUCACGCUUCCCAGCACCCAGCAGCCCGAUGCGAUGCGCUGCGCCGGACAUGUCCUCUCCCACAGACACCCUUUAGGCUGCAUCCGACGCAGCGAGUGCAUGGCCGGUGAAAGCGUGGGAGCGCGGUCCGCCGCCAGCAUCAAUCGCUGCAGUCACAGGCAUCGCCGUGGUACCGCUGCUGUGCGGCCACGCUGCUGGGCGCCUCCCAUGCGAAGCUUCUGCACACCUACAGCCCGCGACCACCGCCUCUGCCAUUACGCACUAGUGUUGAGCACGUAG